AUGUCAUCGCUGAUUGUCAACUGUACAGGCGCGCAGCUGCAAAGCAUUUCGCAGUUACCGCGCCCCGAACAAUUUGCACUUGCUCGUACAACACUUUACCUCGAGCGCAAUAACUUUUACGAGCUGCCGGCGAACACGACUUUCGGUUAUGCUAAUGUGACACAUAUUUACGCGGCGCAUAAUCGGCUCGCCUUCAUUCUGCCGUCGCAUAUCCCAUCGAAGCUGUCAGUGCUCGAUGUGCGUCACAAUCGGCUGGAGCGCUUGAGUGAUGACUUUCUACGCAACUACCUCAACGAGAGCGAUACACUGAAGGAACUCUAUCUCUCCGAUAACCCUUGGUUUUGCGAUUGCGAAUCGGAGCUACUGUUGCGCGCUGUGAGCUUACAGCGUUCACGCAUACCUGACGUCAACGAAUUACGCUGCGCUAAUUUCGCGAACACGCCACUACUAAAUGUUACCUUCUCAGCAGUAUGCACAACUCCCUUUAGCUAUUCUAGCUUGCUAGCACUGCUCAUUGCCAUCUUUUCCACAGCAGUCGUUGUGCUCUCACUGAUCGCACUCUUCUACAAAUACAAACUGGAGGUGAAAAUUUGGCUCUUCGGACACGACAUGUUUCUGUGUUGCAUCAGUGAACACGAGCUAGACAAAGACAAAACAUUCGAUGCCUUCAUUUCUUACGCCCACCAAGAUCAACACUACGUCAACGAUACACUGCUGCCGGGUCUGGAACAGGGUCGUUCGCCUUUUCGUAUUUGCACACACGAACGCAAUUGGCUCGCUGGUGCUUUUAUACCCGAGCAGAUAAUAGAGUCGGUCGAGCAGUCGCGUCGCACGAUUAUU